AUGGGCUGCAACAUUUAAAAACACUAAUACACGAAGAAUGACAUCAUUAUUUCCUCCCCUCCUCCUACAUUUCCAUCUUCUCAUGAGAUCAUUAUGAUGCCAUAUGCGCUUGAUGAGUAGCAUCCAGCUUCGAGAAUGCCAGUUCAAAUUCAUUGGAAUAUUAAAGAUCAAAAGUCAAAAGAAUAGUCAUCUGAAAUUACUACGUCGUUUUCACCUAAUACUGCCUCAAAACCAAGAUAAUACUGA